UCCCCCUUUUCUCAGAGCUGAGUUAGGAGGGGCUGUUUUGCAUCCCUUCACGUCAGCCCUGCCUCAUUCCCUUCUUCCUUCCUGCUAGAGAGAGAAAAAAGAGAAAGGGAACUGCGAAGGGGGGGGUGGAGAGAGAGAAAGAAAGAAAGAGAAGGAGAAGGAGAGGGAGAGAGAGAAAGAAGCAGAGAGAAGCAGCCAGCGAAGAGCAGCAGCGGCUGGAUGGGCAGCAGGAGCAGAACCCAGACCACCAGCAGCAGCAGCAGCCUUGGGAGGAGAGGAGGAGAGAGCCGACCCAGCUCUGCCUGCCUGCCCACUUGCAUGCUUCCUCCUCCUCCUCUGGCGAAGUAGGGUUGCCCGCCCCCGUUGCCAAGCCUCCUUCCUCGGGACUCCCAGGACGUUGACACUGCACUUGAUGGUGUGAGGCAUGGAUCGUUUUGCCAGCUCUGGGACACAGACAGAGGCGGUGGUGGUGCUCUCUCUGGCCCAAGCGGCAGUCCUGGGCUUGGUCUCAGAAAAUGAGUUCUUUGGGGCCACAGUCAGUCCUGGAGGCUUCUUCUCAAACUUUGCAAGCAAACUUGACAACAAAGCAGCAACAGCAGCAGCUCCACUGAAGCAGCAGUCAGAGAGCAGCCAUCCUCUGGAAAAUGGAAGCCAUGGCCAGGCAGGGACCCCUGAGGAAGAGGAGGGGCUGGAGGCGGAGGCUUCCUUUGGGAGACAUGCCCGGAGGAGGAAGAGGCCCCCUGUGAGGCUGGUGCCAAAGGUAAAGCACGAGAAAGGAGAAGCUGAGCAGGAAGAGGAGGGCAGGUACGAGAUGUGCGUUCCAAGCGAAGACCACGAAGAACAGCUGGAUGCCCAGCCCGCAGGCCCAGAGGCACCGGCCUGUGAGCAGAUGGUCCAGACCAGCGCCACCAAGAUGAUUGACCUCAGUACCUUCAGCAGGAAGCCCCGGCGCCUCCGGCACCUACGGAGGCUCGGGCCAGAAGAGCUAUCCUUGGCUGGGUAUGAGGAGAGGCUCCCCAGCCCCCAGCAGGCCAGCCGGAACAGUGUACAGCUGGAUAGGAUGGAGGAACCCCCCUUCCCCAGGGACUGUGGCUUCCAGGCUCUUCGUCUGCCGCCCCCGCCCCCUACUCUGAGCCAAGUGGAGCACCAGGUGGCAGGCUCUCACCCACAGCAGGGCAAGCGCGAGGUGGGCUUCAUGUGGCAGGAGCCCCUGGACUUCGAGGCUGAGAACCACGGUGAGCAGAGUAAGAAGAUGCAACUGGACCGCCUGGAUAUUAAUGUGCAGAUUGAUGACUCGUACCUGGUGGAGAAGCGGUGGCAGUGUCGCCUCUGCGAGAAGUCCUACACCUCCAAGUACAACCUGGUGACGCACAUCCUGGGUCACAAUGGCAUCAAGCCCCACUCGUGCCCCCACUGCGGGAAGCUCUUUAAACAGCCCAGCCACCUGCAGACCCACCUCCUCACCCACCAGGGCACACGGCCCCACAAGUGCCAGGUGUGCCACAAAGCCUUCACCCAGACCAGCCAUCUCAAGCGCCACAUGCUCCUCCAUUCGGACAUCAAGCCUUACAGCUGCCGCUUCUGCGGCCGUGGCUUCGCCUACCCCAGCGAGCUCAAGGCCCAUGAGGGGAAGCAUGAGAGUGGCCGCUGCCAUGUCUGCGUGGAAUGUGGCCUGGACUUCUCCACACUUACCCAGCUCAAGCGCCACCUGGGCACCCACCAGGGGCCCACGCUCUACCCGUGUCCAGAGUGCAGCAAGUCGUUCCACUACCGCAGCCAGCUCCAGAACCACCUGCUCAAGCACCAGAACGUGCGCCCCUUCGUCUGCACCGAGUGCGGGAUGGAGUUCAGCCAGAUCCACCACCUCAAGCAGCAUGCCCUGACCCACAAGGGUGUGAAAGAGUUCAAGUGUGAAGUUUGUGGGCGGGAGUUUACACUGCAGGCAAACAUGAAGCGGCACAUGCUGAUCCACACCAGCGUCCGCCCCUACCAGUGCCACAUCUGCUUCAAGACCUUUGUGCAGAAGCAGACACUGAAGACCCACAUGAUUGUCCACUCACCAGUCAAGCCCUUCAAGUGCAAGGUGUGUGGGAAGUCCUUCAACCGCAUGUACAACCUGCUGGGCCACAUGCAUCUCCACGCGGGCAGCAAGCCCUUCAAAUGCCCUUAUUGUUCCAGCAAGUUCAACCUGAAGGGCAACCUCAGUAGGCACAUGAAGGUCAAGCAUGGUGUGAUGGACAUCAACUUGGACAGCCAAGAUCCCAUGCUGGAACUGGCAGGCAGUGAUCACACAGAGCUGGACGGACAGCAGGAGAUGGAGGACUAUGAGGAGGACAAUUCGUACAACUACAGGGUGGUGGGUAGUGCCACGGAUGCCUCUGCCUUGGCAGAGCAAGCCAUGAAGGAAAUGGCCUAUUACAACAUGUUGUAGCGAGAAGGAGGAAAAAAAGACAGGUAUCUUCCCUGCCCUUCCACAAAGGUCUAGUGUGGCAGAAGAAACCAAGAGCAGUCCUUGAGCUUCAGAAAGUGCGGCUUGAAUGGGUUGCUCUGGCCCGUUUAGCCCUGCGAGGCACCUGUGGAAGUUUCGUCCCAUCACUGCCUCUCUCAGCUCCACUCCACUGGGCUGGUCCCACUUUCCCCACCAGCCUUGAAGGGCCAGAAGCUCCCCUUGCCUUACUCUACCUCCUGCAGAACCUGGCAAAGGAGACGGUGGUGACGACUGACCAGGAGCAACCUCUCCAGAGCAGGAGUCCUCAGGGCGGCUCUGCCACUGGUCCUGGGCUGUCCUUAUUGCAGGGUCUGACUGGAGCAGCUCCUGACACAAGCUACCUCUGCCCUUUACCAAAAGAAGAAAGGCUCAGGGCAGGGGCGGCUGUGGAACCACAGCAGGGAAGGGCAAAGCAUGCCCUUCCAGGUGUUGCUGGACCGCCCCGCCCAUCAUUCCUCGCCACCAUCAGGGGAAAGUUGGGUCCAACAACAUCAGGAGGGCCACCACUGUGCCCAGACCUGCCCUAGAGAGCCCCUUGCCAACCUUCCUGGCAGAGAGGUAGAGAGCAGCCCUGUUAAAUUAUUCUGUGACUUCUUCCACAAAGUGGAUUGUACCACUUGUGCAUAGAUCUACUGUGUUUAUUUUCAUGUUAUGACGAUGUUCAGCAAUAAAUAAAUAUCCUUUGACAGAAGAAGGACCGCUUGGCUGGUUGCUCCUAGAGCAAAAGGACAGGGCGGAUUGAGGAGGUGGAAG